AUGCCAUGGUGUCAGUGUCGACCACGCUUCGCCCCGGUGAUUUAUGUGCUCUUCUUCUAUGCGAUGUACAUGUUGAUGGUGUUCCCAGUGAUGGAGUUAUUGGGUUAUGGAAUGAAAAUUCUGAUGGGGAUUGACAUUGGAACACAGUCUUCGAUGACUCGAUGGGUUUAUGGAAUCUGUCUGUUCACUUUCGUCCCGUGCUAUCUCAUCAUCUUCUACUCGAGUUGGGUAAAGCACAGAGCCAAGCCGUUGUUCACUCCAAAAUGGAAAACUAACGAACCAAUGGAAGAAGACGACGUCCAGUGCACCAUCUGCUAUGAUCUGAUUGUCGAUCCUCGAACCCUCCGUUGCCAACAUUCUUUCUGCAAAAAGUGCAUUGAUCAAUGCCUUCCUCUCACCAGACGAUGCCCUUCAUGCCAACAAUGGGUCUAUUGGAGCCGAAAGAAUAAAUUGUUCAAAUCGAAAGUUUUGCUUUGGGUUCGAGAGCAAGGAAGAGAGGAAGAAUACGAGGAGGUUCUCAAAAUUAAAGCGGAUAUCAAACCACCAAAGUAUGGAUGUUGGACAAGAUUCUGGCCUCUGGUUUUGCCGUUUUUUGAGGUCCCGGAGCGAGAGAACCAACGCCGCCUCAACGGACGUCGCCGUCGACGUCAUAUGCGUGGAGCUGUAGUCGAGCCAGUCCCAGCCGGAGAACCUGAUUCUCUUAUUGUCCGUGUUGUAGAUGAAGUCGAAGAAGACGUUUCUCUCGAACGACCACCAACUCCAGUUCCUCCUCCACUCGAAUCUCCUGAUGAACCCUCUGUUCCAUUCAGUCAUUCUGAAUCCAUUGAACUCUCUGAAUGCAUAGAAUCCCCUGAAAUCUCUGAAUCCUCAAUCGAACCAGUUGAAUCUCCAACUACUGUAUCGAAUAUCCCCGAACCGUCUGAUCCUCUUCUCUCUUCUUCUUCUUCCCUCUCCUCUGUUCAUAAGUCAACCCAUCAAUCCCUCGAUGAAAUUGUCUGA